AGAGAGAUGUCUGGAAGAGAAGGAGGCAAAAAGAAACCUUUGAAACAGCCCAAGAAGGCUAACAAAGACAUGGACGAGGAUGAGAUUGCAUUCAAGCAGAAACAGAAAGAAGAUCAGAAGAAACUAGACGAAAUGAAAGGGAAAGCUGCCCAGAAAGGCCCCCUGACUGGAGGCGGCAUAAAGAAGUCUGGGAAAAAAUAAUCUGCUUUCACCCGACAAUGGAAUUCCUCUUCUAACUGAUUUCUCAAGCGCCGGGCCCUGACCCUGGCCAUGGAGCGACUGCCGGCCCCCAACUUAUUGUAUGUUUCCGUGUACAGUGUAAUAAACACACGUCAGUUCUUUUUUUAAAACCUGUGAUACCCAUGAUUUGAAGUCAGCAGUGGAAUAUUCCAAUGACCUUGUCUAACAAAAUGACUCGCUCCCGGAUGUCGUCUUUCAGGUUCAGUAGAUAGUUCUGUGUUUGGAAGAGCAGAAUAUUAGAUAUGAGUUGUCGAAAUAAACACUUAUUGCCAAUAAA